AUGAAAUUCUUUUACGCUCUCGCUGCCUUGAUGGCAAGUGCCGUGAUGGCCACUCCAAUCCCAUGCGAAAACGACGUCCAGGCACGUUCCGCUCAAGACAGUAGUAACCCUCUCGAUCCAGUCCUCGGCCCACUCAAGUGGGGAUUAGUGCCCCCGAAGAAGGGAGACGACCAAGCUCCCGACAUGCCGGCCCAACUAGAUGGGAACGAGAAACGUGCGAUUCCAGACAUGAAAUCGGGCCCUGGGAAAGAUCUCGUCGGACAAGCAUUGUCCACGGUGACUGGGGCGCUAAAGGGGUCGAAAGUGAACACUCCGGCUGGUGGGAACGGACAGUAA